ACUCGGGAACCCCCUAAAACAGCCGAAGAACGUUUGAUGGUAGCGGUGCGUGUUCGACCACUUCAAGAUGAUACGCAACGCGUCCUCCAUGUGCUUAAUGAAAAGACUGUUAUGUUUGAAGAAGAUGGCGAUAAGAACGAUGUAUUACGACAAAAACGUGGUGGAGGUGAUCGUCAAUUUACAUAUGAUGUGGUAUUUAAUGAAGAUGCAACAACAGAUCAGGUUUACGAAGUAACAACAAGUGGAUUAGUUAAAGAUGUUUUAAUGGGCUAUAAUGCAACAGUUUUUGCAUAUGGAGCAACAGGAGCUGGUAAAACGCAUACAAUGGUUGGUGAUAACAUAAAUCCGGGUAUUAUGGCACGUGCAAUUAAUGAUUUAUUUAAUGCUGUGGCUGAUAGUGAACAUCCUGAACAAUUUAAUGUUACGAUAUCAUGUAUGGAAAUUUAUAAUGAACAAAUUCGUGACCUUCUAAAGCCAAGUUCAGGGUAUUUAGAACUACGUGAAGAUUCUAAAGGAAAGAAUAUACAAGUUACUGGUUUAACGGAAUUAUCAACAACGUCUACGGAAGAAGUUUUGGAACUUUUACUAAAAGCAAAUAAAUCGCGUACAGUUGAGCCUACAGCCGUAAAUAAAACAUCGUCUCGAAGCCAUGCAUUAGUCAGUGUAACAGUAAAACAAACAAUUCCAGCGAACUAUCAACAAACGGCCAGCAAUAAUGGUGGUCGUUUGCAUACAAGCGUACGUCAAGGACGUUUAUUUAUGAUUGAUUUAGCUGGGUCAGAACGAGCAAAUAAAACAAAGAAUCGGGGCAAGCGGUUACAAGAAGGUGCUCAUAUCAAUCGUUCCCUUCUCGCUUUAGGCAAUUGUAUUAAUGCUUUAUCGGGCGGAGCACGUUAUGUUAAUUUUCGCGAUUCAAAAUUAACACGAUUACUAAAAGAUGCACUCAGUGGAAAUUGUCGUACAGUUAUGAUUGCACAUGUGUCACCAGCUGCGGCAUCGCGUGAGGAAUCACGUAACACACUAAUAUAUGCAGAUCGCGCCAAUAAAAUCUCUACAAAAUCGGAGCAAAAUAUUAUGAAUGUUGGCUAUCAUAUAACACAGUAUCAAACUGUUAUUAAUGAAUUACGUAAUGAGAUAUCACGUUUGAAAACAAAAAUGCAAGAGGAUCGACCACGUUCUGGGCAAGCUGAACGUAUUUCAGCAUCACAACGAAGUAACGAGAUUAAAAUGUUACGUGAACAAAUCGUGGAAACUUUUAAAGAACAAAUGAAAUUACGUCGGCGUUUAAUGGAAAUUGAUACACAAUUGUUAAGUUUGGGUAUGGAUGCAGAACGUCAACAUAUGAUUAUUUCAAAUUGGGAGUCUCGUAAUAAUAAAUUAUAUAAAAGUAAUCGAAAUAGUACGUCCAGAGCUCGAACACAACAAAGUUUAAGAAGGAAACAACAAAAUACCAGUGAUUCAUCAGGUACAAAUGGUUCAAAUGAUGGUGAUUCAUAUGUGUCUGAUGGUGAAAUAGAAGGAGGUGAAUUAGCUGUACAACAAGCAUGGGCUGAAUUAGCUGAAAUUGAAAAGGAACAAGAAAGAUGGCAUGAUGAACGACAAAGAGUCGAAGAAGAUUUGGAAUUAUGUCGACAGCACGGUGUAGCUCUUGAAGAUGAACUACCCUCACGUAUUAGUACGGACGAUGAACGUGAGUUGUUGGCGUUACUAUGUCGUGUCCAUGAAUUGGAAGCUGAUAAAUUGGCUUUGCAAGGUGAACGAAUUGCUAGAAUGCAUGAAUUAAAACGUCGCGAUACAGCUUUAUUGCGUUGUGAACGUCAAAGGCAAAUUAGUGAUGCAAUUAUUACCCGACAACGGCAAAUAAUGGAAGAGGGAAGUUUAAAUUUGCCACCUGACUUGCAAGAACUAUACCAAUUGUAUCAACAAGAAAUUUACGCAUCCACAUAUACGGACCCUGGUUUCUAUGGGUUUGGAAGUACUGAUAGACUCCCCUCAAUUGGACGUGGCAGGUAUGGGGAUUCAUUGUUUUCCGGACGACGUAAAAGUCCUGAUAGUGAUGGAACAUAUCCUAGUUCAGCCGAUAGUGAUUAUGCAAUGUCUCCCUUACCACCACUCAAUGAGAGUUUUGCGACAAAUGCGCCAGUUGAAGAUCGUUUAAUGGGACAAUUGGUACCACCACCGACAAGAGGUGGCACAACUCGAUUUCCACCGAUUCCAACUGCAAAUAGUUUACCAUCAAAAUUAAGAAAACCGAUAUUUGGUUUCAACAACAACAUGCGUCGAACAUCAAGUGUUCAAGAUAUAAUUACAUUGGAUAAUAAAGCAUAAACACCGAC